CAGACGGCAUCCAUUUAUCGAACUUCGACCUCCUUCACUACCAUGCCCCCGGUGCUGACCGACAGUCAGAAGGGUUCCAUCGAGGACAUCCAGAUCUCCCUGGCACCAUAUAUCCAGUCCUACCUGAGUCAAACUGGCCGCCGUCAUUCGUGCUGCAGCGUAAUGCUACCAGUCGCGUUUGAGCGAGCUGCUCCGAGGUCCUGGUUUGAUCCUCGCUUCGAUUCACCAGUCCUCGAGGGCCAAUACCAGGCCAGUGUGUUUCCCCAGCUUCGCCUCAAAUUCCGCUUCGCACUGUUCUACAUUCUGCUCUGUUCGCUCGUAUGGCUGCUCUACUUCCUGCUCGAUGGUGGCCCUACCAUCUUCACCCUGCUGACGGUGGCAAUCGGGCUGCUAUCCCUAUUUGCGCUCGCCGGCUUAUGGGUGACACGGACCGACGUCUACCGCGCCCACACGAACCUGAUCUCGUCCUGUUGCGCCAUUAUGCUGUGCAUGUUCUCGCUCUUUUUGCUCCUGCUGACCCGCGAAGCCCUCAGCCCGCUUGGCCACUUUUCUAUCUGCAUCGAGAUCGUGAUGCUCAUCUACACCAUCAUCCCGCUGCCGCUGUGGCUCUGCUGCACUAUCACGCUGGUGUACUCCGUCUGCUUCGAAGUGCUCUCCUUUCUCCACCAGACGCACUACGACUACAACUCACGUCCUGGCGGGCAGCCGGCGUCUUUACCGCAGGUGACCACCGCUGGCCACACGGUGGCACGCCUGUUGGCGGAAGAAACGGGCAUGCUGGCGGGAGGUAUUGGCAUCGCGGCUUCCACCGGUGACUCCGGUGACUCGUUCGUCUACAAGAUCGUCCUGAUACGCGUGCUGAUACAGCUGUGCGUCCACCUGCUCGGUGUGCAAAUCCUGAUCAUGACCGUGGUGCGGAUGCGUGGAACAUUCAUGAAGGUCGGACAGAACCUGCUCGUUCGUCGGCAGCUCGAAAUGGAGAAGCAGCUGAAGGAGAAGAUGAUCCACUCGAUGAUGCCACCGAAAGUGGCCGAUCUGUUGCUGAAGGAGAGCGGCAGCGUACCGAAAGGGACCAGCUUCGAUCAUUACCCGGCUUCGGUGGCCGCACCACGCCGCACGACGCCAUCCGAUUUGAAGUCACUUUUUCGGCCGUUUCACAUGAACCGGAUGGAGAACGUGAGCAUCCUGUUUGCGGACAUUGUCGGGUUUACGCGCAUGUCGUCGACGAAGACGGCCGAGCAGCUGGUGGAGAUAUUGAACGAUCUGUUCGAGCGGUUUGACGACCUGUGUCUGGUGAAUGGGUGCGAAAAGAUCUCCACCCUUGGCGAUUGUUACUACUGCGUGUCUGGAUGUCCUGAGCCACGGCCGGAUCAUGCAAUCUGUUGCGUUGAAAUGGGGCUCGGUAUGAUUGAAUCGAUUCGCGUAUUUGAUGCACAACGGAAUGAGGGUAUUAAGAUGCGCGUCGGAGUUCACACUGGCACGGUUCUGUGCGGUAUUGUCGGCACCAAGCGCGUUAAGUUCGAUGUAUGGAGCAAUGAUGUAACCCUCGCGAAUCGUAUGGAAUCAAGCGGUAAGCCAGACCAGGUGCACGUAUCUGAGGAAACCUGUGGAUUUUUGGGAGAUUCGUACAUAAUCGAAGAAGGCGAAGAAGUCGACGGCCACCGGACCUACUUUGUGCUCGGUAAGAAAGUAGACCUAAUCGGCUCAGUAACGGAGGGUUUAUCGAGCAGCAUCGGUUUGCCAGUGGACAUGAACCUGCUAGCUUCAUCGCCUAUGGAUGAGCUAGCAUAUGCUACAAGCGAAGAAAACCCCGAAAGCUCUUGUCUGUCCCGCAGUGCCACCAACCUCUCCGGCAUUCAACCCGCGGUUCCACCGGCCUCACCAGCCGGGCCCGUCUUUUUCUCGUCACUGCAUGCAUCACCGGUUUCGACGCCUCGCCCCAGGAUCGCGUCCUUAACGAAGAUGACGAAGUUCCUCAAAUCAGCCGUUAAAGGUGACGCCACUCGGCUGCUGAACCCGUCCCGAUCCGGACCGGGCGGUGGUGUGGGACCGAUCGUAGAGCGGCCCAAAAUCAUCAUCAGCGCGAAAUCGAUCUCGAACGGGUUCGAUUCCGACGACGACCUGGAAGCUGGCCCUGGAGACGGUACCAAGCUAGGCGCUCAAAUGUGUUCCUCGGCAAGUCCGCGGCAAUCGGUCGCACUUGAGGCAGGUGGGAGCCAUCCUGCGGCCACGGUUGCCACUGGAACAACGGCAACACUAGCGUUGCACAACGAGCGGUGCCGCAGGCAGGACGAGGACGCGACGACACUGGCCACCGACAAGUUGCACCAGUGGAAAGUAGGCAAGCUACUGAAGCGGCAGGACACGUUUUGCACUCCGGACAAGGAAGGCAGCCGAAUCUGUGAUAGUAGUAAAAGCUGUGACGAAGAUGUGCCAUGUAUCGAGAGGAGCAAUACCCGCGAUGGACGCUACGGGGGUGCGAACGGUGGCGGGAGCGGCAGCAGUAGCAAUAGCAAUAGCAAUAACCCGAAUGCCACCAAUGGAAGCUACCAGCACGUACCGAUCGUGAUUGUAACACCGCGUCCAAGCUGCUACACGCUGGAUGUUGCGAAUGGUGCGAUCGCAUCCUGCAGCAGCAACACGCUCGGUGGACGAAGCUGCACCGGAACGGGCCGGGAGUGUGGCAAACCCGGAACCGGAACAGGUUCAGCUUGUAGUCCCGGUGAGAACACCCACACCAGCCAGGGUUCGGUGUUUGACGAAAUCAUUGACGUGCGAUCGUACAUUUCCCAAUCGCGCAGUGACAUUUCCCCGUUUGCGCGCACUGGCAGCUACCGUUCGCAACCGGAUCGUUCGUCGAUCAUCCACGAAAUCGCACUGACGGCGGGUGCGACCGGAAGUAGCGGUGGUCCGGCGUUUGGAAGACCGCGCAGUUCAACCAUCACGACGACGCACACGUGUUCCGAGGCACAUCCGCACGUGCGGCAUGGUUCGGUUGUUGUUUGUCCCAGCUCACGGUUACUUGCCGCCGACGGUGCAAGCCUUUCCCCAUCGGCUACAUCCCGGAAGGACUCGGGCAUCCGUUCGAACAGCCGGCGUUCGAGCAUUCAGCACCAGAUUAUGCUGAUGAGCCAAACUGUGGCGCUCUCCGUGCAUCGUGUGUCUGGUUAUUUCACAAGCUCACAGUCCAGCUUGUCAGGUGCGAUGGUCACGUCCGGGACGGUGGAUCAUCCGGUCCCAGUACGCGCCGGCCGACCCAACGGAAGCAUGCGUGCGAUCGGUCCGGAUGGAAAGUGUUGCGUAGGCGUAAAGGAACCACAUCCCGAUCCGUUAGCCGCCUGUCUGCAGCAGUUAAGGAAGCAGUCCGAUUUGCAGCUGAUCCGGUGCGUCCGGGAUAAUGCACGCUCGCAGCGCAGCUAUCUCGUGAAACCUCCGCUUUUGCCGGUUUCGCUGCGGUUUAAAUCACACCCGAUGGAGCAGGAGUUUCGCUCGAAAGCGCACCGGUUUGGUAGCGAAAGUGGUGAUCUCGAGGGUGGUGGUCCUCCUACGCUUGCCACACCAAAAUACAACACCUACAUCGAUAUGCUGGUGUCGUUCGUCGUGUAUCUGGCCACCUCGAUCUCGCUGUUCCUGCUCUCACCGUCGGUGUACCUCGAAUCCUACAAGGUGUGGGUGUGCAUCUUCGUGUUCUUCAGCACGGUGCAGCUGUUUGCGCUAUUCAUCUGCACCAAGCAGGUGUGUCGACGCACUCGCAAACCAUCCAUACGCCGAUCGCGACCUAUGGCGAGUCGUAGCUGUUACGAUUGCUUGCUCCAGCUUGCAUCCAGCUGGUAUCCUUGGCACAUUUGUGGUGGGAUCCUGAUGUCACUGCCCGUCAUUUCGAUCCUUUCCAACUUCGCCAUGAUGGACGUGACCAAGUUCCGGGUGUUCGAGUUCCACUAUGGCUUCCUCAUGUACAUCUGUAUCGUGCAUUUUUGUAACUUCACUCAGCUCAACUGGUGGAUGCGGAACGCGAUGGCGUGCGUAACCUCAGCGGCCUUCGUUGGCAUCGCCGUGCGGCACAUGGUUGCCCUGCAGGCACUCGAGGUUGCCACCACGCUGGCUGGGAAUGGAACGCUCGGAAGUGCUGACGCCAGCAAUAUGCUGCACCGUGCGCAGUUCGAUUGGUUCAACAACUACCGAGUGGAGAUCUACGUCGAUCUGCUGCUUCUGCUCGUCCUGGUGUGGUUCCUAAACCGCGAGUUCGAGAUCGGCUACCGGUUGAGCUUCCACGGCAGCGCGGUCGCAAAUCAGGAUAAGAUACGCGUGCAAAACAUGAAGAACCAGGCGGACAUGCUGCUGCACAACAUCAUACCGAAGCACGUGGCGGAACAGCUGAAGAACACGGCCAAGUACUCGGAGAACCACCACAACAUCGGCAUCAUCUUCGCCAGCAUCGUCAACUUCAACGAAAUGUACGACGAGUCGUACCUCGGCGGGAAGGAGUACCUGCGCGUAUUGAACGAGCUGAUCGGUGACUUCGACGAGCUGCUGGCACGGCCCGAGUUCCGGUGCGUGGAGAAGAUCAAAACCAUCGGCAGCACGUUUAUGGCCGCGUCGGGGCUUGAUCCGAGCAGCCGGGGUGAAAAUUACGAGCACCUGUACACGUUGCUCGACUUCGCGCUGGCCAUGCAGCAGGUGGUUGAGUCGUUCAACCGGGAUCUGCUUGAGUUUAAUUUGAUUAUGCGCGUCGGGUACAACUUUGGGGAUGUGACGGCGGGUGUCAUCGGUACGAGCAAGCUGUACUACGACAUCUGGGGUGAUGCGGUCAAUGUGGCCAGUCGCAUGGACUCGACAGGAGUAGCGGGCCGGGUGCAGGUGGGUAGUGAGUGCGUGCCCGUGCUUGGUGAGCGCUACGAUUUUGAACCUCGCGGUAAGGUGUACGUCAAGGGCAAGGACCACAUGGAAGUGUACCUGCUGGUUAGCAAAAAACCGGACCUAUUGGGACCACCAGAACUAGAUAUAGAUCCCGUUUAG